AUGGCCCAACCGCCACCAAUACCACACCUCACGCCGCAGUUCUGCUUUUCGACCGGUACACUGAGAGACUUCCUUCGUUUGUCACGCGCUAGCAUCGACGACUCGAUAACUCAAAACCUCAACGCUCUUGUGGCGCCAUCUCGAGCCGGAUUCGACCCAUCGUCGACAUCGCAACGAACACCAAAGACCUUCCCGCGACAAAUAGACCCCAAGUCCUGCCAGAGCUUCAAAGACCAGGCGCUGUUCCCGACAUGGCACGCGCGAGCCGAAGUCCUGCACUACUGUGGAGUUGUCGCCACGAGUCCUGACCCCGACGAUCCGGAGGCUCUAGUACGGCAGAUCGAGCAGGCCAGGGACAAAGAAAGAGUAGUAGAUGAGCGUCUGGACCCUUACUCGGGGAGGUUCUUCCCGCGAGAGCCUCGUACAGAGCAACUGGCCAUGCUGAUCCGACAGGAGAAGGGCGUAGAAAACAUCGUGCGCACGAGAACCUGGGAUAUGGUCAAGCAGAGAUGCGGCGAGUCUUCUAAUACCUGGGAGGAAGCAUUUGAGGGAUGGCGUCAACGGACUGGGGUGAAGGGAGACAAUCAGUAA